CUUAUUUCUUGGAGGAGAUAUUUCUCGUACCAGCGGCCGAGGCAGGGACGAGGAAGAUGUUUGCUUUGACCAACGGCGACUCGUGAGGAAAAGUGUCCCCAUCUUCCCUGCAGCCACACAUUAGCACAGCCAGUGUCUCGUGCACCAUGCCGGAACCCUUCUCGGAGCACCUGGAGGCUCAAGCAAGCAUAAUACUGCAUCCAGGCUCCCGCUACCUGCGCAUAGGCCGGCCCUCAGACAGCGUUCCGCACACCAUUCUCCAUGCCAUUGCUCGGCGGAGGCGGAGUGGCAUGCCGGCCCACAGCGACCCUUUCCUCAUUCCUCAUGUCAAGUUGGAUGGAGACACAGUGCAGGAGCUGGAAGAGUGCCGCCUUAAAGUCAGCCACAUCCUGCAGUCCUCCCUCAUGUCGGACGGCUCGCGACGGUUUGCCACGCCACCUCAGCAGAUAGCCGUGUACAACAAGAGGAUCCAGCCAGUCAAAGGGGAGGACACGGAAACAUCUCCUCCGUGGGUGUUUACCGACAAGGAUUAUAUUGUUGGUGAUGAGAUCCUGUCGCUGCACCCCAGUUUGGAGUAUAAUGUGCACUUUCCUCUGGUGCGUGGGGACCUCAACCUCCACAAUGGGCUGGGGGGCUCAAUAAGUGCAGUGCUGGCUGACCUGGAAACCAUUUGGGGCCACUGCAUCUCCACCAUUCUGAAUGUUCCUCUGAAAGACCUCAAGUUUUAUCGAGCAGUGCUGAUCAUCCCUGACACAUACAACCGAGACCACGUUAAGAAGUUAACCAAUUUACUUCUAAAUGGACUCGGCUUUGGGGGUUGCUUUGUGCUGCAGGAUCAUGUGGCAGCCACAUUUGGAGCUGGGCUGGGCUACGCCUGUGUGGUGGAUGUUGGCGACCAGAAGACUUCAGUGUCGUGCGUGGAGGAUGCCAUCUCCCACACAGCCACAAGGCUGCGAUUGGACUAUGGGGGAGGAGAUGUCACCCAAGUGUUCUAUUGGUUGCUGAAGAAAUCUGGCUUCCCACACUCAGUAAACCUCAGCAAGAAGCUUGAUGCAAUGCUGCUCAACAAACUGAAACACGAAUUUUGUCAUGUUAACUUGAAUGAAUGUGGCGCCCAAGAGAAGACUUUCACCGUGCAUAGUCCAGGUGAGAUAUCCUCCACCUACACAAUCCAGAUGGGGGAUGAGCUCAUAGUAGCAGCUCUCAGCCUCUUCUACCCCGACCUUCUCAAGAUAACCGGCCCCAAGAACACCAUCACACAGAAGCCUAACCCAGGAGACCCAGACGAUCCCUUUGAUGAAAACUACCUCAGAGAAACUAGUAGGAGAGGUGGUCGAGAGGCAGCCGAGGCCAUGGAGGUGGGAGGAGGGGAAGGAGGUGAUGGAGGGGAAGAAGACAUUGUUGUUGACGACCAGCCUCUCCCUCCAGCCCAGAUUGUUCCUGCCCCAUCAUCAAGAAAUGAUAACUCAGCCUUCACCAGCUCUGACAAGCUGCUCUCCCUGGAGCAAGCCAUUCUUACCAGCAUAGACAGAUGUCAAAAUGAUGAAAUGAAGAGAAAAAUGUACAGCAGCAUUUUGAUUGUUGGAGGAGGAGCUAAAUUCAAAAGCCUUGGGAAGUGGCUGCAAAGUCGAUUAGCUCUGCAAAUCCCAGUUGCCUACAGACCAGAACAAAUUGAAGUGAUCACUCGUGCCAAAGACAUGGACCCAUGCAUGACCUCCUGGAAGGGCGCGGCUCUCAUGACCUGCCUUGAGGGCAGCAACGAGCUGUGGAUCCAGCAGUCAGAGUGGAACAAGUAUGGGGUCAAGAUACUGCGGGAAAAGUGUCCCUUUAUUUGGUAGGUGUGUGUUGCUGAAAGGCUGUGUAGGAGAGAUAAAGGGAAGCAUCUCAUGUCUUAAAUUAUAAAUAAACCCAAAGUUUUAAACUUAA